AUGCCUCAUCCUGGUUGGACGUUCAUCGAUUUGCUCAUCCCUUGUCUUAUUUACUUUCUUACUGGAUUCAGUGAUACGCGCUUUCUGGUCGGACAGAAGCUGCAGCCUAUCUAUGGACACAAGGCGAUUGUUGCCUGCCGCUGCCCGGCGAUUAGCGCGUCACUUUUGCCGAACACUGGCGAACUGAUGCAAUCCUCACGAAGUUCCCAUGUGCUCAGAGAAGUCGAACCGGAUAUAUUCCGGAUUGUCAUGCGCUUUAUGUACACCAACUGCAUUAGCUUGAUAAAUCUGUCCAUCUUCAAACUGAUCGAUGUUUUGAAGGCUUCUUUGCGAUUCGAGUUGACAGAACUGACCAAGCUGGCCGAAAGUCGCCUGAUCACCCUCAUUGACAAGAACACUGUGUUCGAGGUACUUAACCUGGCGGUAAAGUAUAAAAGUGCUGACCUGAAGAAUGCCGCCAUUAAGUUCAUCUCCCACUCCGCCAAAGUGAGUCCGUGA